AGUAACGACGGUGCCUUGCACAUGGUAAGAGUAGAGAAGGGGACAAGGAGGUGGUGAGCUUUCGUUGGGUGGCAUUCAUAAAUUUGGAGAAUUCUACGCUACGGGCGAAAGCCGCAAUUCUCUCCGAAUGAUUGCUGCCCAUUGCGGGAACCACUCCCUUGUCGCUAUCGCCAUGUCUUUCUAUGCUUUCUUUCUUUAGCACUGAGAACUUCCCGCGGGGUAGGGACUUCUUCAGGCACUUUCGGAGGCUUUUGCGCACAGGAUUAGAGUUUUAUCCUAUCGAUUGAGAUUUUGAUACGCUACUACACGUUUGUUUCGGGCAUUCUUGCAUUUCUUUAAGAGAAGAGAGAGAGUGUGAGAGACCGUGGUGCUCGGGGCUAAGCUCCUCCACAAUCGCGAGCACCGGAGAUAAUGGCGUCUCAGAGACGUCGCCACCACUAUUACCAUCGCCUUCGCCUCCUCAUUCCCUUCAUCUCCGCUAUUUCCGGUGCCCUUCUCAUCCUAUUCGCUCUCCUAUCCUUUCUCGCUCCAUCCCCAGUGGAUUCCGACCACCUACGCCACCGCUCUUUCCUUAACGUACCAGAGGACGAUGCGGUUGGAAUUUCGGCAUCUCGUGUUCCGAGCGGCGGGGGAAAAUCGGAUCGUCAUAUUUGGAGUUCCAGAAAUUCCAAGUUCUACUAUGGUUGCAGCAAUGCCAGCAACAAUUUUCCAAAGGCUGAAGCUAUUACACAUCCCAAUCGAUUUUUGGCAAUAGCAACCAGUGGAGGUUUGAAUCAACAAAGAACUGGGAUUACAGAUGCUGUUGUUGCUGCCCGUAUAUUAAAUGCUACUCUUGUUGUUCCAAAGCUGGAUCAAAAGUCUUUCUGGAAGGAUUCCAGUAACUUUUCAGAGAUCUUUGAUGUUGAUUGGUUUAUAUCAUUUCUGUCAAAAGACAUUAAAAUUAUUCGACAACUACCUAGGAAGAGAGGGAAACUUAUGACUCCAUACACCAUGCGUGUCCCAAGGAAGUGCAGUGAAAGAUGUUAUCAAAAUCGUGUUUUGCCCGUUCUCUCAAAAAAGCAUGCUGUUCAGCUUACCAAGUUUGAUUACAGACUUGCAAACAAGUUGGCCACAGAUUUGCAGAAGUUGAGAUGCAGAGUUAACUACCAUGCUUUAAGAUUUACUGAUACAAUACUUGAUAUGGGUCAAAAAUUGGUUCAUCGGAUGAGGAUGAAAAGCAAGCAUUACAUCGCAUUGCACCUGAGGUUUGAACCUGAUAUGCUUGCAUUCUCAGGAUGUUAUUAUGGUGGUGGGGAAAAAGAAAGGAAAGAACUGGCUGCAAUACGAAGGAGGUGGAAAACUUUACAUAUCAGCAAUCCUGACAAGGAAAGGAGGCAUGGAAAAUGCCCGCUCACGCCAGAAGAAGUAGGCCUGAUGCUAAGAGCUUUGGGGUAUGGUAGUGAUGUCCAUAUUUAUGUGGCAUCUGGGGAAGUAUAUGGAGGGGAAGAGACAUUGGCACCCCUGAAAGCACUUUUCCCCAAUUUUCAUUCAAAAGAAACUAUAGCCUCCAAGGAGGAGUUGGAACCAUUUGCUUCAUUUUCUUCUCGCAUGGCUGCACUUGACUUCAUAGUGUGUGAUGAAAGUGAUGUAUUUGUUACCAACAACAACGGUAAUAUGGCUAGAAUAUUAGCUGGAAGAAGGAGAUAUUUUGGACACAAACCCACCAUUCGUCCAAAUGCUAAAAAGUUAUAUCGGCUGUUCUUGAGCAGAAGUAACAUGACUUGGGAUGUGUUUGCUUCUAGAGUUCGUACUUUUCAAAGAGGUUUUAUGGGGGAGCCAAAUGAAGUGAGGCCGGGCAGGGGUGAGUUUCAUGAGAACCCAUCUACAUGUGUAUGUGAAGAUUCCGAUGCCAAGGUGAAGAGAGAUUCCGGCCCUAGAAAAUAUGGCAAGGGUUAUAAUCCCACCAGAAAAGAUGCAGUUAUUGAUGAUCAAAAUGUUGACGAUGAGCCAGAAUGGCUUGACAUGGAUGAUGUUGAAGAUCAGAAUGACCCCCUAGAGAGAGGUCUGUUCAAUGGAACUGGUUUGGAUUAUGAUGGAGCAACCUCUGAUGAACCUGAGUUAGAAGAGAUUCUUUCUGACUAACAAAGCUGUUGGUAACAGAUUCUUGUAUAACAAAAUUGCCCCCCCUGGCGUCCCCCCCAUCAACAGUUUGCAUAUCUGACCAAGGGUGCAUAAAGGCCAUCCUGUACAUAAUUAAACCACUGGCAAAGAGAAAAGUGCUAGCCCACCUUUGUGACCAGCGCCAAAUGUUGGGUUCAUGACAGUGAGCCCUUAUAUAAAAAAGUUUGCCUUCAGGAGCACCCUAUACUUAACUCUUGGGUGGAUGGAUCUCUAGCGUUAAAGAUGGAGACGUACGUGAGCCUAAAAAAAAAAAGGUGGGGGGGAGGCAUACGAGGCGGAUGUGAGAGUUGGGAGAAUGGGGACUGGACUGAAGAUACUUUUUGAGGUUUUGCCUAGACAGACCAAUCUAUUGAACUGCUUAUUGCUUUUACCACGAAAUCGUUGUGUAUGCCAGCUCUUUUCACUCCCAAAAAGAUACAGUUGAUGUUAUUUCGGGUUCCUCUUUUUCGUUUUUGGUCUUAUAUCUUCUCAGGUGAUGGAAAA